UCAUGUAUGGCGUUUCCGGUAUCAUCUGCAGUAUCCCACAUUACAUCACUCCAAAUAUAGACGACUUGUACGUCACUUCCGGUAAAAGUAACGGAUAUGAUAUGGACUCGAAUGAAACUGAGAAGAGUAUUAUGCCAUUGUGUAUGCCAGAUAUGUCACUACCAUACAAAAACGUGUCGACUUGUGAAGGGGACCAGAAGAAAGAGAUAUUUAAGAUGGUCAGUCCAGAAUUUAAGACGCUGGCCAUUUCAAUUAUCGCGAUAGGCAUGAUGGUUCAAGGUGUAGGGAAAGCCCCGCGGGCCCCUUUUGUGACGGUUUACAUCGAUGACAACGUGGAAAAGAGAAAAACGGGGUUUUAUGCAGGGAUCAUGUCUGCCGCAGGGACAAUGGGUCCCGCCCUAGCGUUCGGCCUGGGGGGAUAUUUAAGCAAACUCUACGUCACUCUUGAGGACGUAGGGAUAACCCCAAAUGACCCCCGAUUCAUCGGAGCCUGGUGGCUGGGAUUCCUCGUGUUUGGACUAUGCUCCUUACUCGUGGCCAUUCCUAUUAUCAUGUUUCCACGUCGAUUCAAGUGGAACCAGAAAAAGAUAGAGGAGUACCGAACGGACAUGCCAAAAGAAAAACCACUGUUAACGACAAGAGCAAAGGUGAAAGAUCGUGUCUCAUCUUACUGGAGAAUCCUGAAGAAUCCGAUCUACAUCAGCAUUCUCGUGACCAACAGCUGCAUGGUCUGCGGUCAAACGGGAUACAUAUCCUUUCUGGCUAAGUACAUACAGACACAGUUCGGGACACCUCUUUGGCAGUCCAAUCUAAUUUUAGCUGUUACUAAACUUUUGGCGUUGGCCAUCGGAGCCUUUGUCGGGGGGUUUCUGACAAGAAAGGUUCCGAUGAUACCUCGGAAUACCUUUGGACUUUUGCUGAUACUGUUUGUCAUACAGAACGCAACCUUCGUCUUUGGAUUCUUCCUUGGAUGUGACCAGCCCAAAGUUGUUGGUCCAGAAAGCUACCACGGUCAGUCCGCCCUACCAUUGUCAAACUGUUCCCUGACUUGUGAAUGUGACCAGGAACAAUUCUUCACGAUUUGUGGCUCAGACGGAAUCAACUACCAUUCCCCGUGUUAUGCUGGCUGUUCGGAAUCCCUCAGUGGCGGAGGUCUAUACGACAAUUGCACGUGUAUUGGGGAAGGCGGGACUGCACGUGCAGGCAUGUGUGAAUCGGACUGUAAGACACUCAUCCCCUGGGCUGUAAUCACAUUCAUCGGCUCCGUAUCAUCGAUGGCCAAAGCCAUGUUGAGUUUCAUUGCGAAGAUCAGGUGUGUGGAGGACCGCGAUAAGUCCACGGCCAUGGGGGUGCAGUCAUUCUGUCUAUCUCUCUUAGCUUUCAUGCCUGCCCCGAUAAUCUAUGGUUUGAUAAUAGAUACGACAUGUUUGAUAUGGAUGACCGGAUGUAGUGGAAGUGGCGCAUGCCUAUUCUACGAUAUCGUCGACUUCCGGAUCAAGAUCCACCUAGUCAGUCUAAUGUUUUUCAACGUUGCUGCAGGAUCGACACUUUACGCGUUCCUCAAAACCAGAAAAUGGAAAACAUGGAGACCACGUGGGAGCAAAAAGGAAAAAACAGUUCUAAGUAGAUUUGACAAAUGAGAAUGUUUUGUUUAACAUUGCAUUAUAAAUUGUCGUAUCAGUGACUGGGGUUCGAGAAAAGUAUUUUUCAAAUGACUCCUUAUACGAACGAUCAUGCAAGAUAGUUAAUCAAGGAAAUAAAAACGUGAAGAUCACAAGAACAUUCUUAAAAUGGUUUUAAAUACAGAUGUUUUACUCGCCCUUUCUACACCUACUAUAACAGGUGUAUUGGCCGGAGGACCUAUAACUCGACCAAUACUGGAUCAGUCAGGUAAUAAAUAGUUACCAAUUAACUGAUCAUAUCAAAUCAGAAUAAAUUAUGUAUAAAUGUAUAAAAUAUGUAAAUUAUGCACUUGUUAAUAAAACAUCGAAAUUGUAAAA